UAUGCGUUUGAACAAGAAACUGAAAAACAUGUUGAUUGACGGUUUAGAAUACUUGCACGAUGGAUCAAAGAGACUAACUUUUUCCCCCAGUAGAUAAUCAGCAGUUAACUGCAUUUCUCGUCCAUGGGGAACGUAGUUGGCUCAUUUUUCUCAGGAUUUUCUCAAGUAAUUGGCAAACUUUUGGGCCACCCUCUUGAUUUCUUGGCCGGAAAAUCUUGCGACACAGUAUGUCAUUCAACAUGGGAUUUCACCUGCUAUAUCGAAAACUUCUGCAUCGCGCAGUUGCUGAAGUUAGCCAUGGUGGCAACAUUGUUCUACUUUGUUCUCUUAUUCUUCUAUCUGUCAUACAAGUUGGGAAUUUGCCAAUGCAUAUGCCACACACUUUGCAGAACUACAUGGGCAUGUUUCGCAACAUGUUUCUCCACGCUCGACUUUUGUUGCACGUACUUAUGUUUCAAGCUUAAAUCGGUCAAGAGAACACGUAGAAGGCAAAGAAGAGACAUUGAAAAGGAGUUAUCGACUAGCACUAGUGAAGAAGAUUAUGAAGAAAGUUUUUCAAGACAACAACCUAAGAACCUUAAGGAUAGAAGAUCUUUAUCUCAUAGAAGAAGGAACUAUAAACAAGAGCAUUUGAGAAGGGCUUUGAGGCCUAAUAGUCAUCGAGCAAAUUUGGGGAUUUCUAGGAAUUCUAUGCAUCGGCAGACAAGAAAUACUUAUGGUAGCGAUCACGUUAGCCCGGUUCAUCAUAUUCAUGUUAUAACUAGAAGUUCUAAGUUCGCACGUCAAGGAUCGAGACACAAGGGUAAAGUUCAUCACAGAAGAAUGUAG